AUGAUACAAUCGUCCAGCACCACCGCGCCAACAUCACAUCUUUACCGCCUGAGGAAAACAUUGAUUCCUCUAAUAUGCUUUCUUCUGAUUGGUUUCAUUAUCAACUUUGGAGGCAUUUAUCACGACAUUUCAGAUGGGUAUUUUGGAAAUCCCAUUCAUGAUGCAACAAACAAGGAAUGGAAGAGUUUGGUGGCGAAGGAAAGAGACACUCGAAGUCUCAUAGUCGAUGAAGGAGAGAAAGGCAAAUAUAAUAUUGCUCCCAAUAAUUUUAAAGACUGGAAGAUGACAACUGAUGCAAAUAAUUGUGGAGAUAGAGGACCAAAUUUUACUGCAUCGGAUCGAGCAGAAUGCGGCCCGUUGAGGAGUAUGACGAAUUCGAUCCAUGGACGAAUGAAGCAUACGACGACGACGAUGAAGACGAAGAUUACUGGUGCGGGGAUGACUGGCGAUAAACUACCAUUACCAACCAUUAUCGACCACCAAACAUUACAACCCAUCCCAAGGCGACUGAUUUUUACCCAUCACACCCACUUGAUCGAUCGUAGAUUUCCUCGACAUCUCUACAAAAAUGUUCAGAAUACAAUUCAAACAUAUGCUGAUCUAUGGGGCGUUGAAAACAAAAGUAAUGUUGAAGUCAUGUUCUUUGACGAUCAGGAUUGUGCUCGUGUCAUUGAAGCAUCGGAGCCGAAACUGGUUCCAAUCUUUUGGGCGGAAAAGACUGGGGCCUACCGGGCAGAUAUCUGCCGGAUAGCGGCACUUUACACAUACGGAGGAUACUACUUGGAUGUGGAUAUUGAACCAAUCCAAGCAUUGGAUCCACCACCUCAAGUCGACUUUAUAACAGCCCAAGCUGGAAAUCGAGCGUUCUUUCAAGCAGUCAUGGCCUCGACACUGCGGCAUCCACUUAUGAAGCAUACAAUGGAAACCAUGUUGGUGGAUUGGUACAUGAUUCCAACGAUUAUGAAGGACCACGGCAAAACGGAAUUCGAACCACAAUGGUUCCGAAGCCAGACCUAUACCGAUUUGCGGUUGGAACAUGUGGCACAGUAUGGCUUCGAUCUAAACCACACAAUUGGAAUUCUCAUGGGACCUGUAACUUUACGGAUAGCCUAUGAUAGAAAUGUGAAUCUUACAACACCAUGGUUGCUGCAAGAGUUUGAAAACAAGGAUGAAAAGUUAUAUCCAGCAUUGAUUCGAGAAACGUCCUAUUGGGGAUGCAAUUUCAUGGUCCAUGACAAUGCCACCAAGACCCCCUAUUUCUAUUCUCGAUGCAAAGGAACACCAAUGUGCGUGUUUUAUAAAGAGAAGAAAACAGGCACUUGA